GUAACGUAUACUCGAACACGAAUAAUUCAAAAUGCCGCCACCAUCUGCCAGUCGAAAGUUUAUGUAUCCUGAACAGUCGGUACCGUAUUCCUUAUAUAUAAAUCGAGAAAAUCCUGAUGAGGUGUUCGCCAAACUUAAUAAACCGGCAAAGUUACAAUUAGAGGAAAGACCAACAUUCUUAAAAGUUGGUGCUCUAGCAACGGUAAAGGGCUCCGCCUACAUGGAAUAUGGCAAAACGAAGGUAAUGGCAUCCAUUGAACCACCACGUGAAUUGAGCAAGCAGACUAGAAAAAUUGGUACGCUUGGAAUAGUUACUUGUACACUGAAAUAUGCGCCAUUUGCCGUAAUGGAUCCAACAUGUAUAUCGAGAAAAGAGACGUCUAUGGCCUUGGCGCUCAAAAAAGCACUGGAACCUGUAAUUUGCCGACAUGAGUUUCCUUACUUUCAACUGGAAAUUAAAGUAAUCAUAUUGGAUGAUGAUGGUUGUGCGUUAAGUACAGCAAUUAAUUGCUGUGGUGCAGCUUUGGUAGAUGCUGGUAUUGCCACCUAUGAUCUAAUAACAGCCUCAACGGUAUGCAAAUACAAGGAUGUAGAAUUCGUAAAUCCAAAUGCUGUAAUUGAACGUUUAGUUUCCACCAUAAGCGACACCGAUAGCGAUGAACAUGGUAUAGUUGUUACUGCUAGUUUGGCUGCAGUUGAUCAAAUCACGGAAUGCUUUCAAAAGGGAUACCUCAAACCAGAAACAGUUAAACAGCUAACGGAACAUACAUUGACUAUUAAUGAACGUAUUUUGGAUACAGUGCGUUACGUAUUAUUUAAGAAAGUCAAACAACAGUUGGAAAGGGAGAAAGUCGUAAACGAUGUUAUUGAAUCUGAAAAUGUUGAAGAUAAUAAAACUGUUUCUGAGUAAAGAUAUUAAA